ACACAAACCAAAUCCACAUCACAGAACAGCUCGAAGAUCAGACAGGCUAAGUUGAGAUGGACAGUACCCAGAUGAAAACCCGACUGGUCCUGGUCGCUUUGAUGUUACUGGUCUUCGUCGAGAUGAGACAGUGUCUGCCCAUGUCCAAGACUGAGAAUGGACAAGGCUCCCUGACGACUGAGAGAUCCCAAAACCCAUGGAACGUGGCAUCCGUGCUGCGGCGGCAGAAGAGAAUGAGUCACCUCUCGGUCUGCGUGUACUGCUGUGAUUGCUGUCACAAGAAAACGUGUGGAAUCUGCUGCAAAUUUUAAACCUUCGCCGAUCGGUCACAGAAUGUUAUCCCACCAAAGGCCUUAUUGUCCUUAUUUAUUGCUUGGUGUCUAUUUAACACAGCUUCCUCUCGCCAUUUCCAUUUUACACUGCAGAGAAAGGCCAUUCGGCCCCUCGACUCUAUGCUAGCUUCACACUGGCCUCCUCCUAUCAUCAUUGCUCCUCACCUUCCGACCCAUCACCAUCUCCUAUUGUUCUUUUCUCCCUGGCUUCCCCCGCUUCAAUCCAUCAACACGAUUCCCUCCUGCCAUUCCCUGUGUGAGCAAUCCCUGCAUUCCUCUCUCACCACUUCCAGUGGGAGUGAGUCCCACAUUCCUGCACCCCCCCUCCCUCCCCACUACCUGGCAGAUGAUGUUUCCCCUGAAUGCCACAAUGGAUUUAUCAUGGAUUGACUUAUCUUGAAUUUUAAUUUUAACAAUUUUUUUUGUACCAAUAUUCUGUUCUUUGAAUGUAACCUGAAUUUAUGCUGCAUGUGUGUUUCUGUAUGAGUGAGUCAAUAAAUGAAGUUUGUGCA